AUGCAAUCUUUCCAAACCUCCUUCUUGGAUCUCGCCUUGGAGUCCCAGGCAUUGAAGUUUGGUACUUUCACCUUGAAGUCCGGCCGUCAGUCUCCUUACUUCUUCAACUUGGGCUUGUUCAACACCGGAAAGUUGUUGUCCACAUUGGCCACCGCUUACGCCGAGGCCAUCAUCAACGCCGGUGUCAAGUUCGACAUCCUUUUUGGCCCAGCUUACAAGGGUAUUCCCUUGGCAGCUAUCACAGUGGCCAAGUUGGCAGAGCUCGACCCAGAGAACUACGCCAACAUUGGAUACUCCUUCAACAGAAAGGAGAAGAAGGAUCACGGUGAAGGUGGCUCGAUCGUGGGAUGUGCUUUGGAAGGUAAGAAGGUUUUGAUCAUCGACGAUGUCAUGACUGCUGGAACUGCCAUCAACGAAGCUUUUGCCAUUAUUGGAGAGGAGAAGGGAACCGUGGUGGGUACCAUUAUUGCUUUGGACAGACAGGAAACCACUGCUGACUCGGACAAGUCUGCUACUCAGGCUGUGAGUGCCAGAUACGGAAUCCCAGUGUACUCCAUUGUGUCUUUGGCUGACAUUGUUUCUCACUUGCAAGACAAGUUGUCUGCAGAGAACUUGGCUGCCAUUGCUGAGUACAGAAAGAAGUACUCUCCAAGUGCUUAG